AUGUCUUACGAAGAAGACGAGUUCCCUAUGGUUGAACCCGUUAAAGGAGUUAAAUACAGUGGUACCCGUUACAACUCCGAGAAAGGAUUUAUUUACCAUCUACAGAAGAAAACAUCCAAGCACAACAUAUAUCACUGCAAGUACCAUAAGAAACUUCAGGGUGGGUGCAAGGCGAGAGUUAAGUCGGGACUUGAAGAUGCUAUUUUCAGCAAACACGGUGAUUCUAAGCAUAAUCAUCCACCCGAGCUGGAAGAACAGCAGUUGCUUCGUGUAGUCAACGCAUGUGCUGAUGCUGCUGCUGUGGAUCGCCGUAAACCACGGAUUGUGUUUGACGCCGUUCGGAGAGAAAAUGCUGGAGUUAACAUUGGGUAUGGUGAUGCAAUGCAGCGUCGGAUGCAGCGAUCAAAAAGGAGAAGGCAACCACAAAUACCCAAGACUGUAGAAGAAAUAGAUGGAUUGAUUGAAGAGUAUCAGGACUAUAGGGAUGCCUUUGGUGGUGGAAGAUUUUUUAGAGGCCUGGUGAAGACGGUUGAGGGAGAGGCAUUGGUCUUUUUAUCACCGACGCUACUGCCGGAACUUAGUGAAGCGACCGAACUUCAAGCUGACGCAACUUUCCGAACAGUCCCCGGAUUAUUCAAACAGCUCUUCACUAUCCACAUCACAAGGGGUCAUUUGGCAUUCCCAUUUGCGUACAUUCUAAUGACUAGAAAAUCACGCAUCCUUUAUGAUGCUGUGCUAGAGAAAGUAAUCGAUAUUUUUGAUGAGCUUCAUCCUGACAAUUCAAGGUUCGAUGGCGGCCGCAUUUCAUGGAAGUCAACAUGUUGGUUGCUUCUUUCACUACUCUCAGGCUAUCUGGAGAAGGAUACAAAAGUAUGGCCUUCAGUGUGCCUAUAA